UGGAAAAAUCAGAGAGCUGUGUGUAGACUCCAUCCUGCCUCUUUGCUUCAUUGUAAAGAGCAAGCGUAGCAUAGGAGCUUAUCAUCUGAACCAGACUAAUAAAAUAGGAAAUCUGGAUAGAUCCAAAUGUAAUGUUCGGUUUAACUAUUAAAUUAAAUUUCCAUAGUUACCGCAAUCCCAUCAGCCGCAGCUAUUUUGGCCAAUAAUCAGAGGGUAUGAGAACUUGCAGUCUGGCUAAUCUGGAGCUCCUGAUAUUUUUUAAAAAAAGUGGAGACCAGGUGGUUUUACUAUGCUGCUUUGCUUUGAUCAGCAAUUUUCUGGUACUUGCUUUGCUUUCAAAUGGAAUCUUCUCUCAUAUCUCUUUCUUAUCAUCCUCCUUUUCUUUCUCCAGUCCUUCACUCUAUGUCAUCACUGCAAGACUCCCUUCAGCAGGGAUGUGCAAGCUCAGAAAGCACUCCAAAGACCUCUGCCAGUUGCAGUCCUGCACCUGAUUCCCCAAUGAGUUCCAGCGACUCUGUGAAAAGCUUGACGGAACUGGUCCAGCAGCCCUGCCCGGCCAUUGAAACCAGUAAGGAAGGCAAGCUGCAGGAGUCGAGUGAGGCCUCGACUUCGGAUUCCCACUGCACAACCCCAUUGCCUCUCUCCGGCCAUUCAUCACUCAGCAUUCAGGAACUAGUCGCCAUGUCACCGGAACUCGAUACCUAUGGCAUCACCAAGCGGGUUAAAGAGGUGCUCACAGACAACAACCUUGGUCAGCGUUUGUUUGGGGAAACGAUCUUGGGGCUGACCCAAGGCUCAGUCUCAGACCUACUUGCUCGCCCAAAGCCCUGGCACAAACUGAGCUUGAAGGGCCGGGAGCCAUUUGUGCGCAUGCAGCUGUGGCUCAAUGACCCAAACAAUGUGGAGAAGCUGAUGGACAUGAAGCGCAUGGAGAAGAAAGCAUACAUGAAACGGCGGCACAGCUCUGUCAGUGACAGCCAGCCUUCAGAAUCAUCUUCCACUGGAAUAGAUUACAGCCAGGGGGCCAGCCCACAACCACAGCAUCAGCUCAAGAAGCCACGGGUUGUCUUGGCUCCAGAAGAGAAAGAAGCUCUGAAACGAGCCUAUCAGCAAAAGCCAUACCCAUCACCAAAAACUAUCGAGGAACUUGCCACACAGCUCAACUUGAAGACCAGCACUGUCAUUAAUUGGUUCCACAAUUAUAGGUCACGUAUUCGUCGAGAGCUGUUUAUUGAAGAAAUCCAAGCUGGAGGCCAGAGCCAGGCUGGGUCAAGUGACUCUCCUUCAGCUAGAAGCAGCCGGGCAGUUCACAGCUCUGAAGGAGACAGUUGUGAUGGGGUGGACAUGGAAGGCCCAUCGGAUACAAAACAAGGCAGCCUGGAAGCAGAUGAGUACAGCAAUGCAACCAUGAAGUCUCAGGGAGGGCGAGCAGCGUCAGCUUUCGAAGCAAGGGAAGAGGCACUGCGAGACGCCGGAUCUUCGGAGAAAACGGAGACAUUCCAGUUGGGAAUGGAGAGCUUGGAAGACACAGAUGACGAGGGAAGGCUCAAAGCACCACGUCAGGGUUCUCCACUGAGCUCUCAACAUUCAGGAGAAACUCUGGAGGCCAGGCCCAACUGUGCUCCAGAAGAGGAUGCCUCUACCUCAGUCCUUGCAGGGCAGAGCUCCUGCAAGCCCAGGGGAGAAAGUGUGGAGAAAGUGCCCAUUGUGCCAAGUACCAGUUCCACGCUGGCCAUCACCAGCUCUCAGAAAUCCAACUCACUCAAGAGCUUGUUCAGCUUUUCUGAGGCAGCGUGCUCCAAGAACACACGGGACAACACCUUGAGGAAAAAGAAGGCAGCAAAUUUGAACAGUAUAAUCCACCGUUUGGAGAAGGCUGCAAGUCGAGAGGAGCCCGUUGAAUGGGAGUUUUGAGAUUAAGCGCACCCAGCUCCACAGGGCUGGGGAAAUUAAAACUUGGACCUCUGUUGGUUUCUAUUGUGUCCCGCACUUACCGCCCUGCAGGCCACGGGGCAAAAAAUGCCAUAGGCCAAGGUGCAUAUAGAGAACAAAAGGAGUGUUUUAAGCCCAGUUUUAUGUUUGUGUUUUCAAGGAAGAAAACUGAAACUUGUCCAGCUUUUUGUACCCUGAAGUGUUUCUAUUAAUUGCCCUAAAGUGAUUUCCACAGUUUCUGGGGAAGAAAAAAAAAACUCAUACAGCUUUUGCCUUUUGCCCUCCUCUUUGGUGUGGGCUUUAAAACAAAUAUAUAUAUACAAACAAGAAAAAAAAUUAAACCCACAUAUUUAAAAGGGGGGCUUUUUAUCAGCCAUCUAAUGGCUAAACAGAGCGAUAAUAAUACACUAUUAUCUUCUUUAACCAGGAAAACAAAAAGAUGGGAGGGGAGAGAUUUUUUGAGAUUAAAAUAAAAAGUUGUUUUGUAGCUCUUCAGUUGCCACUAAGAGAUUGCACAGUCAACCCGACUCUAAACACACUAGUUUGAAUUCCUAAAUAUUUUCAAGAAAGAGUAUUGUUUGAAACUUGGGGUUUAAAAAAAAAAACACAUUUACUCCAUGUAUUUUUUAAACAGACAAAAAAAA